CCGGGAGCCAGGGCCUCGCCCCCCCGGGCAGGCACCGAAGAACACGGUGUUUUAAUCCGAUUUUCUUCAUGGCAAUAAACAGAGCCGGGGGGAUAAACAAGGAGCAUCUCCAGUAGUGGGGCCACCCUCUGCUGCGGGGUCCGGGACCGUCACCCCGGUGUGCCCACGGGGGCUGGAUCCCGGGUCCCUUGUCCUGCAGCAUCCACGGGCAGCCGGCAGCUCCAAAACGUGCCAUGGCAGGCGGACACGGCGGCAGACCUGGGGCAACUGCACCCGUGGAAGCCAACCCGCUGGUGCCAUGGUCCGGCUGAGCCCCCGCCCGGGUGCCACCCGGGGCCCUCGGUCCCCUGACGCUCCCUGUCUGCCCUCGCAGCCGGUUCCUGGCGGAGGGCGAUGGUCCCGGUGCCCAACAGCACGGCGGUGGCGUGGGCCGGUGAGGCGGCACGGCCGGAGCUGGAGCGGUCACCCUGCAUGGUCGGCAUCUUCCCCGUCGUGUAUUACAGCGUCCUGCUGGGGCUGGGGCUGCCAGUGAACGUCCUCACUGCCGUGGCCCUGUCCCGCCUGGCCACGAGGACCAAGAAGUCAUCAUACUGGUACCUGCUGGCCCUGACCACCUCCGACAUCCUCACCCAGGUCUUCAUCAUCUUUGUGGGCUUCAUCCUGCAGACAGCCAUCCUGGCCCGGGCAGUGCCCAGCGCCUUCAUCCACACCGUCAAUGUGCUGGAGUUCACGGCCAACCACGCCUCCAUCUGGGUCACCGUCCUGCUGACCGUGGACCGCUACGUGGCCCUCUGCCACCCACUGCGGUACCGCACCGUCUCCUACCCACAGCGCACCCGCAAGAUCAUCGCAGCCGUCUUCGCCGUGGCUCUGGCCACGGGCAUCCCCUUCUACUGGUGGCUGGACGUGUGGCGUGACGCUGACCCCCCCACCGCCCUGGACACGGUGCUCAAGUGGGUGCACUGCAUCACCAUCUACUUCUUGCCCUGCAGCAUCUUCCUGGCCACCAACUCCAUCAUCAUCUGCAAGCUGAAGCGGUGGAGGCACUUGGGGGGCGGGCAACCCCGCCUGAGCAAGACCACGGCCCUUCUCCUGGCCGUGACCACCGUCUUCAUCGUGCUCUGGGCUCCCCGGACCAUCGUCAUGAUCUGCCACCUCUACGUGGCCUCGGUGAAGAGGGACUGGCGCGUGCACCUGGCCUUGGACAUCGCCAACAUGGUGGCCAUGCUCAACACCACCUUCAACUUCUUCCUCUACUGCUUCGUCAGCCAGACCUUCCGCCGCACAGUGGGCGAGGUGCUGAGAGCCCACCUCCGGCAUGGCCCCCGGCCCAGCAGCGGCCGCUUCCCACCCCCAGCCCUGAAACCCCUGGAGCUGCUGGCCAGCACGGCCCUCUGAGCCAGGGCUGCUGCCAGCCAGCGCGGCACU